AGGCGGUGGUGUUUUUGGCAGCCCGCUGAUAGAGCGUUGACACCACUGAUGGAUUGAAUGAGUGUAUCGAGUGUUGGCAGUGGUACCAUAACGUGAACUAACAACAGAAAUAAAUGACGGAACGUGCUGGAUAAACGCCAAAGACUCCGACUAUCAACACGAAGUUACGUUAGCCAAAGCGAUUUUCUGCCACAAGCUAGCACCAAAGACUCUGCUAGCACCUCACCAAGCUAGCCAGUAGGUAAGGUUAGCCGAGUAGCUAAUGUUAGCUGGCAGGGCUAUUUUUAGUGGCCCAGUGUGCCAUCGGUAGGAAAUUCGUCAGGCGAUUAGUAUUGACAACUUAAUCCGAGAGGCUUUUGUAUAUCCUAUGAUCUCACAACACUAGUUGCCUAUACCAAAAUGUCCACGACUUCGUUGGAUAAAGAAUUACAGGAGCGACUGCGAGAGGCGUCUGCCAUCGGUGAUAUCGACGAAGUGCGGACACUGGUGGAGAGCGGAGUAAAUGUUAAUUCACAGAACGAAAUAAAUGGAUGGACAUGCCUGCACUGGGCAUGCAAGAGGAACCAUAAGCACAUAGUGUCCUUCUUAAUCAGUUAUGGAGCAGACAAAGAAAUCCUCACAGCUAAGGAUGAGCUAGCCUCUCAACUAACAUCCAAACCAGAGAUCAAACGACUGUUAGGAGUUGAGGUGGAGGAAGUGCCUGAAGUCAAGGAGCCUGAGUUGCCAAUCAUUCCCAACUACCUGUCUAACCCUCCCUUCAUGUACUCCAAGAUGGAUAACAAGUCAGAGGUCAUCCUAGCACAGCAAAUUACACAGAAUGGUUCUGGAGAACAUGCUGAGGACACACACAGCGAUUCACCCUCCCUUUCUCCAACUCAUGAGCCUCAGAAAUCACAGAGCCUACUCUCUGACGGCCCCACUCCUCCCUCAGACCCCACUACCCACAGCCAAGCCCCGGCUGGGGAAUUCAUUCCUGUGACUGAGCAAAAUGGCGCAUCACCCAGUCCGGCCUCAUCCCACAACCACGCUGUUGUUAACUGCACAGUGCCCAUGGACCUGUCAGUUGAGCCACACCUUGUCAACCAUGCUGACUACCCACAUGCGGUGCCACACAAUGGCACCAUGUGCUCGCCUCCAUUGGCCUCACCCAGCCCCAGCUUGGCCAGCAGCAGUGGGAGCCAGGUCCAGGCCCCAGUGGCCAGCGCUAACCCAACCAUGAGCAGGCAGCAGUCUAUCCCACAGCAGCUGAGCUACAGCCAGGCUGGUGGGCCCAUGCCAGCUUUCCAGCCUUUCUUCUUCACUAGCACCUUCCCUGUCAAUGUGCAAGAAUUGGUGCUGAAGGUGCGCAUCCAGAACCCCAACGCACGAGAGAACGACUUCAUUGAGGUGGAGCUGGACCGCCAGGAGCUCACCUAUCGCUCCCUUCUGAGGGUCUGUUGCCGUGAGUUAGACAUCAGUGCUGAACAUGUGGAGAAGAUCCGCAAGCUGCCAAACACCAUGUUGAGGAAGGACAAGGACGUAGCUCGGCUGCAGGACUUUCAGGAGCUGGAGGUUGUGUUGGAGAAAGCAGAGGGCCUGUCCCUUUUCUCUGCGACCGGGGGCCUAACAGACAGACCCUGCUACAACAUGAAGGCCUCCCGCCUCACCUACUAGAGCUACCACAGAGCCCGAGGUCUCCCCGCUUAUGAUGGGCUUCUGUAGCUACCCUCAAGCAACCAUAACUAGUUGCCUGCCCAGGUCCCUUGUUACAGCUUUGUUUGGCUUUGGUGUUUAGCCAAUUUCUAACUGGGAUUUCUUUUUUCGAGUUCUGUAGCUAUUGUCCUCCUCCUGUCCUCUUCUGGCCCUCCUGCCGCUUUAGUGUACCCAACCAGUUCUAAGCGAUUACUGAUGCAUGGUGUACUCGAUUAUGUGCGAAAGUAUUUGGGCCCCUCUCUCCUCUUUAUCUCUUUCUCUCCUCCCACUGCACUUUGUGCCAAGGCUCUAGUGGGACAACAGAGGGGAACAUUGGCCUGUCUUCCUUAUGGACUGGACUUGAAUGGGAUUCUGCAAUAGCCUUAUAUGGACACAUCCCUAUACUGGCUGUGAACUAUGAUCACAGAGGAAAAUGGUCAGAUGAGACCGGGUGCAGAGGAUGACAGGAAGGAUUUACAUAACUCUUACAGAUAAGAUUAUCAUCAGUCCACAGAACAGGACGAGUUGCAGCACAGUGGACUUUCACAUGGCAACUUGGAUUUCUAACAAAUUUACCUAGAGAGUCUUAUCAGAUAUUCUAGCUGGCGUACACACUUUCAUACAUGCUGUAGGCAUAAACCUUAGUGUCUUUUCCUGCGGAGGGCACCCAUUACUGGCCUAAUUGUUAAGGUGGGGGUAAUCUCACACCAGGAGAGAUUUAGGUAAUUUUGGACUAAUAGUAAUUUUAUUUGCUGACAACACAUACAGUAUGCUUUAAUCUGUAUCCACACAAAGAUGGAUACAUUUGAGUAGGAGUGGUGAUUUCCCUACAUAUUUAAGUCAUUCAGUUGUACACUGUGGAAAAGGAAUAAUUAGUUUUGUUUGAAUUGUUCUCCUGUGUGUCUUUUCAUGUAAGACAAAAACUUCAUUUUUAUUGUAGAGAUAAACGUGCAGCAACUUGAAGCAGGACUUAUUUUAUUUUUAUUUUCUAUAAUACAUUAUCGCCUCUGCUUUGCAGAGUGUAUUACACGAUUCAGUCAGCAUAACACUCUGUCUAACUGUGAAGUAUUUUAUGUUAGUUUUUUCAUUUUUGAGUCAUGUUGAUUCUUACUAAUAAAGAGAGACCGUGCAUUUGCGCUCUGGAGUAACAAGGCUCAAGUCCCAGCAAAGGUGUAUGAGGCUCACACUUAAUUUAUCAUAUAAAUUAAGCCCUCUGUUGAAUAUUUUCUGUUCCUGUGUUUCUGUGUAACUGUAAUUAGAAUCAAAACCAAAAACUAAUCUAGCCAGCAAAGAUACUAACUGCAGAAAAAACUAUCAAUGCUUCAGUAAAGUAUGCAGCUUUGUUAAGUUUGUUUUUUUCCCCCCCAAAGUGAAGAGGAAAGAAGUAAGACAUAGCAAAGGAUCUUGGUUUUAUGAUUGAGUGCUUCCUUGUUCCUCCAACACUAAUCCAAAUUAGUACCAUUUCUCAUAUGUUUAUCUCUGUUGCACCGUGUCACCACAGUUGAAUCCUAGACUAUCUAUAUGGUGACUACAUUUCUUUAAAAAUGUUAUGACUGAAAGCGAGACAGAAUAUCACUAUAUAUGGCUUCAGUUUGGUUGUCAUGGCUAGACUAGGCCUAAUAUGUAAUUCUUUAUUUUAAAAAAAUUAUAAUUUUGAGUUGUGUAAGGUUUUCUAUUUGGUACCUUAACUAGAGGUGUUGCUAUCUGUAUUAAAUGGAGACUGACCACAUGGUUAUUUACACUAAUGGCAAGAGAAAGAUGUUCUGCUUUAUAUUAAGAAUUUAACUGAGUCAUGACAAGUCAAGUGGCACAGCCAUGUUGUGUCAGACGGUAAUGAUGUUUAUGCUGCUUUCAUCAACACCUUAUAUUCCUUUAAUUCUCAAUGCUGGGUCUCAUUUAUUUGAAGCAGUGCACUACGCGCUCACUACACGUCCUACAAUCAAAAAGUUUCUUACCCAGUGGUAACUGUUUACUGUUCAUAUGUAUACCUGAAGCUCUUACUGUAUUUGUAUGUUUUAUGAUAUAUUUUUUAUUAAUUUGUAUAAUUUUUUCUUUAACCAGCUAGGCCUGUUACGUUUUGUGUCAAAAAGUCUACUAUCGUGCAAGCAAGAGUUCAACAAUAGGAUGAAAAGGAAUGAGAAGCUAUUGUUGAAGCCAAGUGCAAUGUGGAGGGAAAAGAAUGUGUUUCCAGAAAGUUUGCUGUGAGAAGAAGGGACUGCCAAGAGUGCUUAUUUUAUGUUCCCAACUAUGUUAAAUGCUUUAUUAAGUGAAGUUGUGCCACAUGUUUGAGGCAGGAGCUUGGUUGAGAAAGUGGGGCAAUGUGGGAGAAAACACCCCGCUGGCCGUCUGGUGCCCUGGAUGAGUGAGAGCAGCAUGUUUGAAGUGGGUUUUUAUAGGAUCUUCUCUGAUUCUGUGGGAAUGAGAUGACCAACAUUGUAUUUGUGGGGUUGCUUACUGUUCUAGAAAAAGCAGAAUACAGUUUGACUUAACCUAUGCAUUCAGAGUCUGAUAUUUUUAUAUACAGUACGUCCUGUGUACUUGUAGAAAUAAUCUUAGGCACUGUUAAAAGUUGUGAGUUUUUGUUCUGGAGACCUGUAUCUGUUCUUUGAUAAAGCAUGGUGAAUUACUUGGGCUCUUCCCUCUUUUUCUCUCACACUGGCUUUGUGUCUUAGAAAAACCUACAACCAUCUGACUAUUGCAGUUAUUUUAAUGUGAAACUUCCAUCUUAAUUCUCACUUUGAAUGAAGGGACCAGCUAAAUGUUGCAGUGAACUCCUCAAUAGUGAACCGACAUGUAUGUUUCAGCUGAGAGCCACUAGAGGGAGCAGAACAGCAAAUAUUGGUAUUUGUUGAGCCACAUACUGUAGAAUCAGAAUUACAUGCCGCUUGCAGUGAUGAUAACAGGAUAGCUUUUUUUCUGCUUGGAUUUAAUUGAACUCAUAAAAAUGAUUUUAAAACA